AUGGAAACUAAAUUAAGCGAGUUUAUGUCAGAAAAUUAUUUAAACGAUAGUGAAAGAGACAUAUCAACUGACAUAAACAAUCAAGAAAUGUACACUAAUAAAAUACCUAACCCUCUUGAUACUUCUGGGAAUAAUAUUGUUUCAUCGAAACAAUAUACAAAUGAUUUGUUUAAAAGUCCCAAUGGAAUUGACAAUAUUGUAACUUUUAAGAAGCCAACUGUAUUACUUGAUUUGAAACGUUCUUUGACGUUAAAUAAAAUUUCGAAAAUAUCACCCUUAACAGACACAUGUGCAGUGGGAAAUAAUGAUUGUUGCUCAGAUUGUGAUAGAAAGGCUGAAGAAACCUCAAAAUCUUUUCCAUAUAUAGAACCACCUUGGGGAGGAAUGCCAGAAGAGAAUUAUAAAUUGGAAGUAUUAAAGUCUGGAGUCAUUGUUGAGACAAUCGUACUCAGCAAACAAAGUUUUCAUGUUGUUGGACGCUUACCUUUUUGUCAUUUAUCGCUUGCUCAUCCCUCUAUUUCAAGAUAUCAUGCAGUUUUGCAAUAUAGAUUUAAAGAAGAUAAAGAAAAUUAUAAAGGUUUUUAUAUUUAUGACCUAGGGAGUACCCAUGGUACUUUUUGGAAUGGAAGCCGUAUAAAGCCUAAUGUUUAUGUAAGAAUACAAGGAGGUCAUAUGAUUAGAUUUGGUUGUAGCCAACGAAAAUACAUUUUACAAGCUCCACCAGAAGAUGAAGAGGAAGAAUCUCAGUAUAGCAUAACUGAGUUGAAGGAAAUGAGAGCAUCCCAAAUAGAAAAACAGCGCAUGGAGGAGAAACUUAAAGCAUCUAUUGAAGAGAAAGAAAGUGAUGGCAUUGAUUGGGGAAUGGGUGAAGAUGCAGAUGAAGAGACAGAUCUACAAGAAAAUCCAUAUGCUUCUAUUAUAGAUGAAAAUCUAGUCUUAGAAGAUCCUAAAAGAACUUUAAGAGGGUGGUUUGAAAGAGAAGGAUAUGAUCUUCAUUAUCAAGCAGAGGAGAAAGGAUUUGGACAAUUCUUGUGUUGGGUGGAUCUUCCCACUGAAGAUAUUGUUGGUCAUUCAACAAGAGCAGAAGCCCUAGUUAAAGGUAAAAAGAAAGAAGCAGUUGUGCAAUGUGCAUUAGAAGCCUGUAAAAUUUUGGACAAAUAUGGACUGUUAAGGCAAGCGAAUCAUGAAGCACGGAAAAGGAAAACAAGGAAUUGGGAAGCCGAAGAUUAUUAUGAUUCAGAUGAAGAUAAUUUUUUAGACAGGACAGGUUCAGUAGAAAUGAAGCGGGCUCAGAGAAUGCGAUUAGCUGGGAAAUUGGAGGAAAAAGCUGAAACAUAUGAUUCAUUACUUGAAAGGUACAAAGAAGUUACAAAACGAAUAUCGCGUUUAUCAAUUUCAAUCAGUAAUUGGCAGAAUGCAAAUACUGCAAAGAAAGAAAUAAAUGAAGAAGAUGAAUUAGAUGCUUUUAUGUUAAGUCUAAAUUCAUUUGCUUUAACUAAAAGCGACAUUGCUAAGAUGAAGUUAGAAUUACAAAAUCUUCGAAAAGAAGAAGCAAAUUUAAUUAAGUUAUUAAAUUUAACGCAGCCAGCAAAUUUACCAUCUCCUUCUUAUCACAAUGUUACUCAUCAAACAAUAUGUCAGACUAACACAAUGGUGCAGAAUGAACUACCGGAAAGAAAGAAUGAAUUACCGGAAAGAACGAAAAUUCACGGAUCUUUAGUUCAACGUAAAAAGGAAAAACAGAGAACAAACCGACAUACAAUUUCAAAUACUUUACCAAUCACAAUUGCUGAUACAUCAGUGGAAACAGGACCUAUGGAAGAAGUAGAUAGCGAUGACAAUAGUGAAUUAAUUUCGAAUUUGUCUUAUGCCUCGUCACAUAAAGAAGAUUCCGAAUUAUCCUGUUCUACUAAUACUACUGUUGUCACAAAAGAUGCACCUUCUAAGAAACAUAAGGAACAGCAAGAUUUUGAAAUGCAAGUAUCAAAAAGGCAUCAAAGAGAGCAGCAUAAAAUAUAUUGCGACCAAGAUGUAUACGCCGAUAAUUAUUCAAUGUGGAUUCCACCAUCAGAUCAAGCAGGAGAUGGAAAGACAAGUCUUAACGAAAAAUACGGCUAUUAA